AGAUUAAUAUUUAACAAAAGGACAUGUGAUAAAUUUGCUAUGAAGCAGAUCAUCAAGAGUAAAGCAGAUGAUGAAAAGAAAUUAAACCAUCCUAAUCGUAUUAUGAAUGAAAUUAAUAUUAUGAAAAAAUUAGAUCAUCCAUUCAUAGUUAGUGUCUACAACAUUGUUGAAACUCCUGAAGCAGUAUUUUUGGUAUUGGAACUUAUGAAUGGAGGUGAUUUAUAUAAUAAAAUUAAAGAGUCAAAAUAUCUGAAAGAACCAAUAGUUAAGAAUAUUAUAUACCAACUAGCUGUUGCUGUUAACUACUUACAUCGGCAGAACAUUACACAUAGAGAUUUAAAACCUGAGAAUAUUCCGUUACAAAGCAAUAGUGAUGAUUCAAUAGUCAAACUAUCAGAUUUUGGCUUAAGUAAAAUUGUUGAAGGUAACACAGUGUUAAAAACUGAAUGUGGUACUGCAUGGUAUGUUGCUUCCGAUGUGAUAUUAAAGAGUUAUAAAACUUAUACUGAAAAAGUUGAUGUUUGGAGUCUAGGUGUAAUAUUAUUUGUUUGUCUUUGUGGAUGCUUACCCUUCUCAGCAGCUGAUCAAAUUUGCAAAGGAAAAUACUUUUUCAAACAAUGUGUUUGGUCUUCGGUUAGUGCUGAAUGCAAAAAUUUAAUUUCUAAAAUGUUACAAGUAGAUCCAAAAACUAGCUAUAGCAGUUUCGAAGUUCUUAAUCAUAAAUGGUUACAGGAUCCCGAUGUUAUUAAGCGUUAUAAUGAUUUAUUAAAUCAGGAAAAUGAAAAACAGGAAAUUACUGUUUCUGAUUUUCCACCUGCCAAACGUCAUCGUCAAGUCUACUUUUUUUUAGCAAAUCAAAAGUUUGGUUUGUUAUCAGUAUUAUAA